CUCUCCGCCAGAUGAUGGCACGGUCAGACCUGGGCGGAACAAGUAGAAAAGGGGGCUGGAUAAAAUCGUGCAGGAGUCCGCCAAUAACAGCUCGAGCUGGAGCCUGCUCAGUACUACAGAGCCACGGUGAGGUGUCUCCGCGCGUCGCACACGGUUGGGAACCGGGAGAAAUCACAAGUAGGCUACACAGGGAGGAAGCCGAUGAGAUCUGAUACGGCGUCGAUUGCAAAGACAGCACGGACUCUGGCUUAUUCCUUCAGGUGGCAUUAACUCCCAGCCCUGUAAAAGGAUCCCACUGUUGGGCUCUCCUCAGCUCUCCCGUUUGCCAAACCCAAAUCACGACAAGACACUGCGCGUACCUAAAAGGACAAGAGGGUUUGUUUGGUGUUUAUGGGAGUUUCAGCUGGAUUAUCACUUUCAACAAAUACACACAAGUGGGCAGCCGCCGCCGCCGCCGCCGCCGGAGUCAAAUCAGGGGAUUACAAUUGUUUGUAAAAGCUCUUGGUUGUGCUUGCAGCGUCUUCUUCCCUGAGCAGCAGAGAGCAAAGUGCUGAUAAAUCUACUCCACCUGGACUUUUGGACCUGAGUAAGGAGCUUCUCGGUGAAGUGCACUUGACAAAAGCGGCCCCGACAAGAUCUAGGGAGACCGAAUUCGUACUUGAGCAGCUGAGAGGGAAACUAAAAAUCCUGAGAACAUGCCUCUUGCUCAGAUCGCGGAGCCAUGGCCCACUAUGGAACUAUUACAGCUGGAAACGGAGAAUGGGCAGAGCAUUGCUGAGGAUGGAGUCACGCCUGCUGUCAAGGAAGAUGGAGAUAUCAAGGAGAUCAACAUUACCCAUGUGGUCAAGGAGGGCUCAGAGAAGGCUGAUGCCUCUCAGUUUGAACUGCUCAAAGUGUUGGGACAGGGAUCCUUUGGCAAGGUGUUCCUGGUGCGAAAGGUGACCAAUCCCGAUGCCAACCAGCUCUAUGCCAUGAAGGUCCUCAAAAAGGCCACACUCAAAGUGAGAGACCGUGUGAGAACCAAGAUGGAGAGAGACAUCCUGGCAGAUGUCAACCACCCAUUUGUUGUCAAACUGCACUAUGCAUUCCAGACUGAAGGGAAGUUGUACUUGAUCCUGGACUUUCUCAGAGGAGGUGAUCUCUUCACUCGACUCUCCAAAGAGGUUAUGUUCACAGAGGAGGAUGUGAAGUUUUAUCUAGCAGAGCUGGCAUUAGGACUGGACCACCUCCAUGGCCUGGGCAUCAUUUACAGGGACCUCAAACCUGAAAACAUUCUCCUGGAUGAGGAGGGACAUAUCAAACUUACAGAUUUUGGUUUGUGUAAAGAAGCCAUUGAUCAUGAGAAGAAAGCAUAUUCCUUCUGCGGUACUGUGGAGUACAUGGCACCGGAGGUUGUGAACAGGCAGGGACACGACCACAGUGCCGACUGGUGGUCAUUUGGAGUACUAAUGUUUGAGAUGUUGACCGGAGCGCUGCCAUUCCAAGGGAAGGACCGCAAAGAAACUAUGAACCUGAUUCUGAAGGCGCGUCUGGGAAUGCCUCAGUUCCUGAGUGCGGAGGCCCAGUCUAUGCUCAGGGCUUUGUUCAAGAGGAACCCUGCCAACAGACUGGGAUCUGGUGCUGAUGGUGCAGAAGAGCUCAAACGGCAUGGUUUCUUCUCCACCAUAGACUGGAAUAAACUCUUCAGAAGAGAAUUAAAACCUCCGUUCAGACCGGCGGUGGCGCGUCCAGACGACACCUUCUACUUUGACUCUGAGUUCACCUCCCGCACCCCUAAAGACUCCCCCGGCGUGCCCCCCAGUGCCGGAGCUCACCAGCUCUUCCGAGGCUUCAGCUUUAUUGCGUCGACUCUGUUGGAGAAGGAAGGUUCAGUGGAGCCAGCCAAGGCCCCUCCGCACCCAGUAGUCCAGCAAUUACACGGGAAGAACCUGCUGUUCAGCGAUGGCUACAUAUUGAAGGAAGACAUUGGCAUGGGCUCCUUCUCUGUCUGUAAACGAUGUAUCCACAAAGCCACCAACACAGAAUACGCUGUCAAGAUGAUUGAUAAGACCAGUACAGACCCCUCUGAGGAGAUUGAGAUUCUACUUAGAUAUGGACAGCACCCCAACAUCAUCACACUGAAGGAUGUGUACGACAACGGUAAGCAGGUGUUCAUGGUGACGGAGCUGAUGCGUGGAGGAGAGCUGCUGGAUCGGAUCCUCAAACAGAAGUUUUUUUCGGAGAGAGAGGCCAGCGCUGUGCUUCACACCAUCACCAAGACUGUAGAGUACCUACACUCACAGGGGGUGGUGCACAGAGACCUGAAGCCCAGCAACAUCCUCUAUGUUGACGAGUCGGGGAAUCCAGAGUCAAUCAGGAUCUGUGACUUUGGCUUUGCUAAGCAAUUGCGUGCCAACAACGGCCUGCUGAUGACUCCGUGCUACACUGCUAACUUUGUAGCUCCUGAGGUGUUGAAGCGUCAGGGCUAUGAUGAAGGAUGUGACAUCUGGAGUCUGGGAGUCCUGCUGUACACCAUGAUGGCCGGUUUUACUCCAUUUGCCAACGGACCUGAGGACACCCCAAAUGAGAUCCUGAACAGGAUAGGCAACGGUCACUUCAGUCUGACUGGAGGCAACUGGGACACUGUGUCCGAGGCGGCCAAGGACCUUGUGUCCAAGAUGCUUCAUGUGGACCCCCAUCAGAGACUGACUGCUAAGCAGGUCCUCAAACAUACCUGGAUUGUUCAACGAGACAAACUACCCAACAGCCAGCUCCCACACCAGGAUCCCAAACUGGUCAAGGGUGCGAUGGCAGCCACCUACUCUGCCCUGAAGAACUCCCAACCAACUCCAGAGCUCAAGCCCAUUGAGAGUUCCUUCCUAGCUCAGAGGCGCGUUAAAAAGCUUCCCUCCACCUCCCUGUAGAGACUCAAAUCCACCAAUCGGCUCACUGGAGACUGACCAAAACUGCACCUCCUGACUCCAACCACCCAGUUAGCACCGGGACUCAAGUGUCCACCCGCCUCUACCAGCCAAGGAACACUGACUGUGGUCAGUUGUCCUGCUCUUGCUAUCAUCCUCCUUGUACGGGCUUGUCAGCUGCUGUUUGCCAGUCUCCUUGGACUAGCAAAAGAUCGUGAAGAUAGAUGGGAGUGAUGAGGG